CGCAGGAAUGGACGCGUAAGGUCGUGGUCGUCGGUUAGCGACAUUGACGCUCCUCGAGACGAAACAGUUCUUCUUCGCGAAUACUCGACGAUCGUCGACGACGAGGACGAUCCAUCAGAACGAAAGUGUGCCGGGUCGCAUCGCGAAAUAAAAUUCAGAUCGUUUAUCAACGAUCUCUACAUCGUAGAUCACCGGUGAUUCUUGAGAUCUCAAGGUAUGAUCGCUCGAUGAUAUUUCUUAUCAUCCUUCUAUCGAAAAGUGAAAACUAAAGAGGAUUCUAUCUAAUAGCGUCGCGAUGAUUACGCCAGGCUAAUUACAGUGGAAAUGAAAUGAAUAUCAAACAACUAAUUUAUAAAUCAUUUACACGUAUUUUUCGUCGAUACCUCGAUCUUACGUACACGUUCAUUUCAAGCUGGUUAUCGUAUUUAACGAAAAGCCGAAAUACUCUUCGUACUUUGAACAGAUGCAAGGGUGUUAAUAUGAAACCGAAAAUAUUUGGAAUUGUCGGUGGGUCCAUGCUUAGUUUUGGAAUUUUCGUUUGUGCCGUGAUUUUUCCUCCAUUUCUAAAAUCACAAAUUAAGAAGCAAGUGGGGCUAAAACCUGGCGCAGAUAUGCGCGAACUAUGGGCCACUUUCCCGCUUCCGUUAGACUUCAAAAUUUAUAUUUUUAACGUAACCAAUCCUACGGAAAUAUUGGCAGGAGCUAAGCCAAUUGUUCAAGAAGUGGGACCAUUUUUUUACGACGAAUACAAGCAUAAAGUGAAUCUAGAAGAUCGAGAAGAAGACGACACUGUCGAGUACAAUUUCAAAUCGACCUGGUACUUUAAUCCAUCGCUAAGCAACGGUUUAACCGGCGAAGAAGAACUGGUUGUGCCUCAUCUUUUUAUACUGGGCAUGAUUAAACUUACGCUAAUCGAACAACCAAGCGCAAUAGGAAUCGUCAAUAAAGCGGUGGAUAGUAUUUUCAAGAAACCCGGCACCGUGUUUGUCAAAGCGAAAGCGAAGGAUAUACUUUUCGAUGGUUUGCCUAUCGAUUGUACAGUGAAAGACUUUGCCGGAGCUGCGACUUGUAACGUUUUAAAAGGAAAAGCUGAAGAGAAUGGUUUAUUAUCGGACGGCGAGGGACGUUACCGCUUCUCUUUAUUUGGUUCUAGAAAUGGCUCGGCGGCAGCGAAACGCAUCAGGGUGUUCCGUGGAAUAAAGAAUUAUCGGGACGUGGGACGGGUGGUCGAGUUCGAUGGAAAAACAGAGAUGUCGAUUUGGAGCGCGGAACAUUGUAAUCAGUACAAUGGCACGGAUACCACGAUUUUUGCACCGUUCAUCAAAGAAGGAGAUGAGAUUAUGACGUUCGCGGCGGAUCUUUGCAGGAACAUGGGCGUUCAGUACAGUCACAGGACCACGGUUAAAGGUAUCAACACGUACCAUUAUACAGCCGGUUUAGGAGAUAUGAGUACAAAUCCAGAAGAGAAAUGUUAUUGCCCUACACCGGAUACCUGCUUAACAAAGAAUCUGCAGGAUUUGUACAAAUGCAUGGGCUCGCCUAUCAUUGGUUCUCUACCACACUUUUAUGGCUCGGACGAAAAGUAUCUGGAAAUGGUCGAAGGACUUCAUCCGGACAAGGAGAAACACGAGAUUGCUAUGGAUUUAGAACCAAUGACAGCCACUCCGUUAAAGGCAGCGCAAAGAUUGCAAUUUAAUAUGUUUCUUCAUCCGAUGGAAAAAGUGAAAUUAAUGAAACAUUUCCCGGAAUGUUUGUUCCCGUUAUUCUGGAUAGAAGAAGGUAUAUUACUGGACGACGAGUACGUGAAAAUAGUAAAGACCUUGUUCAGAGUGAUAAGUAUCGUCGGAUUUAUGAAAUGGUUUACGAUAUUCGUCGGAGCUUGUGCAACUGGAGCAGCAGGUGCUUUAUAUUAUAAGAACAUGGAUAAGAAUAAGUUGGAUAUCACCAAAGUGACACCACAGUCUCCGAAUGGCCAAGACGAUGAGCAGAAAAAAUGGCCGCCCACCAUGAAUAUUAGCACGAUACAAAGUGCUACGGUACCGCCUAACCUAGACAGCAAUUAAGUAGGCCUUUCUUUUCUUUAACGCAAAGAAAACCGCGGCGAUCUUUUCACCGUUAGUUCCCCAAAUCUAGACAAUUACUACGUACCUCUAAUCGCAAGGGGGUGGAUCUACGUUAUCAGGUACAAUAUCAAUCAUAGUGUCCGUUCGUCUAGUGAAAAAGCACUAAAGGGGUAGGUGCCCUUACCACCUCAUGUGGAUGAGAGGUCGUGCGCGAACGCGCACCUAUUAUGCUUCAUGUAAAUGAGAUGGUAAGGACACCUUCCCCUUCAGUGCUUUUUCACUAGACGAACGGACAUUAUGAUUGAUGUUGUACGUAUGUAUUAGGGAUGUGCAGGUAUCCAAUAUUACGGGCUCGGGCGUGCUCGGAAAAAAUCGGGCGGGCUCGGGCAGGUGUCCGAUACAUGCGUCAGUCGGGUAUCGCGACUGUUUCGGGUCAGAUCGGAUAAAGUCGGGCAGAUUCGGACGAGCUCUUGCGGGCUGCGAGUCGCGGCCUGAUGCUUCUGUACUUGUUAAUACUUGCAAUAAGCAUGAGCAAAAUCUGUUUUAUAUGGAAUUUUGGAAGAAGAUAAUUUUUAUUAUGUGGAAAAAUAAUACUUGUAACGAAUUGCAAGCAUUAGCAAUUUUAUCCGCACCAUACCCUAAAUGGCCUACCCGACUGCACGCAUCUAUCGGACACCCGCCCGAGCCCGCCCGAUCUUUUGCGAGUGCGCCCGAGCCCUUAAUAUCGGGUACUACCACAUCCCUAAUGUAUGUACAUAUAUACGUAUAAUAGAGCACAGAUCUACGGUCUUUGGUCUUCGGUCUUCGCUCAAAACUUAAUGGCGACGUAAUACAAUGUAUACAAUACAAUAAUAAUAUAUAAGUUGCUCGAUCUGUUGAAAUUUAUUUAAUUAGGAUCACAGAAUAUUGAAAUAGAUUGUUAAAAACAGUUUUUAAAUUACGUAAUACAGUUUUUUUUUCCAGUUCUCUUUACUAUCUAAUGAUAAGUAAUUUUUCGCUUAUUUUGUAAACAAUUUUACUAGUUUGUAUAUAGUGUUUUUUGUUAUUGUUAUUGUUAUUAUCGUUAUUGUCGUUAUUGUCAUUGUCGUCGUUACUGUUAAAUAACAUUUUAUUUAAAUGCGUCUUGUUAUUCAUGUUUUUAAGGAUUAUUACAAAAUAAUAUGUAAUUAAUUUAUAAAUUAGUUUGUAAUUAGAAAUGAGUAAUAUAUUCUAUAUUUUCAACAUUCUCAACGUUACAUUCAGAUCGCAUUCUUUAUGAAAUCUGUUAAGUUAACAAAGUAUUGUGCGCUUAUCAGUUGUGUAUACAUAUUUCUCUAAAUACAUACAUGAAAUUACCAAUA